AUGAUUAAGAAACUUGAGGUAAACAUUCCAUUUCCUGAAGCUCUGGAGCAAAUGCCAAUAUAUGCCAAAUUCAUGAAAUACAUCAUCUCCAAAAAGCGCUCCACAAAUGUAGACUCAAUCAUCCUCACUGAAACUUGCAAUGUUAUUCUCCAAGGUAUGAAAAUUCCUCUGAAAAAGAAAGAUAUGGGUUCUAUUACUAUUCCUUGCACUAUUGGUGAUAGAAAAUUCAAGAAGGCUCUGAUUGAUUUGGGAGCUAGUGUGAGUUUGAUGUCGCUGUCCAUUUAUAAAAAAUUGGGCCUUGGCACCGUUCAAGACACUAGGAUGACUCUUCAAUUUGCUGAUCGCUCAGUUAGGUGA